CCAAAAGAGCAAAAUCCUCUGUUUACUUUGGCUCUGAAAAAAGUUGGAUGUCGAGGAGAAACGAUAAUAACUAAAAGCAAAAUAAAGGAAAGGAAUGUUUAUCUGCAUCUGACGGAAAUCAACAAAGCUAAAAAGCACAGAGAAGAAAGGAGCAGAGAUGGGAGGAGUAACGUCUUCAAUGGCGGCAAAGUUUGCUUUUUUCCCACCAAACCCACCUUCCUACAAGGUUGUAACGGAUGAUUUAACUGGUCUUUUGCUUCUAACUCCUUUUCCUCAUAGAGAAAACGUUGAGGUUCUUAAGCUUCCAACUCGGCGUGGCACCGAGAUUGUAGCUAUUUACAUCAGGCAUCCUAUGGCUACUUCGACUUUGCUUUACUCUCAUGGUAACGCUACCGAUCUGGGUCAGAUGUAUGAGCUUUUCAUCGAAUUGAGCAUCCACUUGAGGGUCAAUCUAAUGGGCUAUGACUAUUCUGGAUACGGACAAUCUUCUGGAAAGCCAAGUGAGCAGAGCACAUAUGCAGAUAUUGAAGCUGCAUAUAAAUGUCUUGAAGAGAGCUAUGGUACAAAACAGGAAGAUAUCAUCCUCUAUGGUCAAUCUGUUGGUAGUGGCCCCACUUUGGAUCUAGCAGCUCGACUGCCUCGGUUAAGAGCUGUUGUUUUGCACAGUCCCAUACUUUCUGGUUUAAGAGUAAUGUAUCCUGUAAAGCGUACAUAUUGGUUUGACAUUUAUAAGAAUAUUGAUAAAAUUCCACUUGUCAAUUGUCCGGUUCUUAUCAUUCAUGGAACUUCGGAUGAAGUUGUUGAUUGCUCCCAUGGAAAGCAACUCUGGGAACUAUGCAAAGAGAAGUAUGAACCUCUAUGGCUUAAAGGAGGGAACCACUGUGAUUUAGAGCAGUACCCUGAGUAUAUAAGACAUCUCAAGAAGUUCAUAUCAACUGUUGAGAAAUCUCCUUCUCAAAGGUACAGUUCUAGGAGAAGCACAGACCAAUUUGAGCAGUCUCGGAAAAGUACUGAUGCAUUUGAGGUUUCAAGGAAGAGUACUGAUCGAAGGGAGAAACCAAGGAAGAGCACUGACAGGCCUGAGAAGUUGAAAAACCAGUCUAAUAAUUUGGAUAAGCUAGAAAAGCUAAGAAUCUCUUUCGAUCAAUUGGAAAAGUCUCGAAGGAGUGUGGAUUGCCAUGAGAAGUCCCGGAAAAACGUUGACCAUCAGUUGGAAAGAGCUCGCAAAAGUGUUGAUCUGUUGGAUAGAAUACGAACAGGGUGAUGAUACUACUUUCGUGUAAAGAAAAAAAAACUCCAUGCAAGUGUUUGACAUUUCAUGUUGUGAUGAACUAAAUCUGGUUUUGUUCUUUAUUAAUUCUUAUGGCGUCUGAGGCUUUGUAUUUGGUUUUCCCAAUAUCUUUUGAUUAUACUAUGGCAUGAAAUAUGAGUUUGGUGUUUUGCUUGA